CACCAAAAAAAGAGAAAAAAAAAGAAAAAGAAAAAAAAGAAGAAGAAGAAGAAGUCGAUGAAGAACGAGAUGAGCAUCGAGUUGAAUUUGGUGGCUCUAUCCUUUGUAUUGUUAUUUGUAUCUAGAGGAAAAGCUCAAUCUACUGAUGGUGUUUUUGAUGUGACAAAGUAUGGUGCUAAGCCUGGUACUGAUAUAUCUCAGGCCUUGCUAAAGGCAUGGAAGGAGGCUUGUGCAUCGACUACUCAAAGUAAAGUAAUUAUUCCGAAAGCAAGUUACCAAUUAACUGGAGUUGAUUUGGUAGGCCCUUGCAAGAGCCCUAUUGGAAUUGAAUUCCAAGGAACUUUGCAGGCUCCAAUAGAUCCAACGGGAGAAGGUUGGGUUAAUUUCAAAUACAUCGACCACUUUUCAUUAACAGGUGGCGGAGUUUUUGAUGGACAAGGAAAAUUAGCUUGGGAAAAAAAUGAUUGUGGCCAAAAUCCCAAUUGUGCCCAAUUUCCCAUGAGUUUGAAGUUCAGCUUUAUCACAAAUUCAAUAGUGAGUGAAAUUACAUCCAAAGAUAGCAAGAACUUUCAUGUAUUUGUACUGGGUUGCAACAACCUUACCUUUGAACACGUGACUAUAGAUGCACCAGGACAUAGUAUUAAUACUGAUGGAAUUCACAUUGGUCGUUCGAAUGAGGUUAAUGUCCUGAGUACGCGCAUUGGUACUGGUGAUGAUUGUAUCUCACUUGGAGAUGGAAGCAAACAUGUAACCAUUAAUAACGUGACAUGUGGGCCAGGACAUGGUAUUAGCGUAGGAAGUCUUGGAAGAUAUACCGUUGAAGAACCAGUUGAGGGAAUCAUUGUUAAGAAUUGUACAUUUACAAAUACAGACAAUGGUGUCAGAAUUAAAACAUGGCCCGCUUCUCCUACUCCUGGCACAGCUACCAAUAUGCAUUAUGAAGAUAUAAUAAUGGUUAAUGUCAGCAAUCCCAUUCUCAUAGAUCAAGAAUAUUGUCCAUACAACCAAUGUAAUAAAAAGAUUCCAUCGAAAGUCAAGAUUAGCAAGGUUAGCUUCAAGAAUAUUAGAGGCUCCUCAGCUAAUGCGCUUGCAGUCAAAAUCAUUUGUAGUUCCGAUUUUCCAUGUGAAGGUGUAGAAAUAGCUGAUAUUGAUCUUACUUACAAUGGAAGCGAAGGACCUAUUACGUCACAAUGUUCAAAUGUGAAACCCAUCAUUUCUGGAAAACAAAAUCCGCCUGCUUGUUCUUCCGUCGCUCCAAUUGCUUCGCCACCAACAGCUUGAGUUACUAUUUAAUGCCAAAAAUUGAUCAAGACAAUCAAUUGUAGAAUAAAGCUUUGGGUAGAUGAUACCAAAAAAAUUUUGUUACCAUAAAAUAGUUUUAGCUCUCAAGUUCUUACAGAAAAAACUUGUGGAGAAUAAAAGUUCGUACUCAUUUUUUCCAAAAUUAUAAAUAUAAUAUAUAAUUAUCAUAUAA